GACCAUCAGAUACCAUCUGAGCCAAUCCCCACAUUUUACUGUGGAGGACAUUUAAGCUCAGAGAGGUUAAACUGACUUCCCAAAGACACACAGCUGACGUAUGGCUGAUUUGCAACCAGGACUGACCUAUCCCCAAUUGCUGACCUGCCCACCUUUACAAAGCCUUGUUCUCCAGAGCAGAGGUGCUGGGUCAAGCUGACUUGGGUUUGAAUCGGUUUAGCUCUUGGAUUUGCUAGUUGAGUGUGACCCUGGGCCCCAGUGACAGGUCCUGUCCUGUGAAAAAAUAUUGCCUGGGUAUUAAUUCAGAGGUACAGACACCAAGGUGCUGCAUGGCAAGUAUCUUGAGAAGUUAAGUCCCUGAGAUAGAACUGAGGGCGGAGGAGAGCUGGGAGGCUCCUUAACCUCCUUCUAUAGGAAGGAGGCUGUGAAGAGGGAAGACCUCUGCAGUGGAGACCUUCCUGGGGUUUUUGCUUUCUCAGCCUCUGGGCCUGAGUGUCCAGUGGAACUGUGCUUUCCUUCUGCCUGUAGAAGUGCACUUUACUCCGGGAUCUGCGGGGACGAUGGGUGCAUUUGUGGGCCUUCUCUAAUGCUGUUUGCACCUGACUGAGUGUAGACACCUGCCAUCUAAUGGAGAUGGUGUUAGGACUCACCUCAAAAGGCUUUUAUGAGAACGAAAAGAGGUAAUGUAUCAAACCGAGUAGUUGGCACACAUCAGCCACUUAAAAGUUGUGCACAACUGUUGUUACUCAGCUAGAACACAACAAUGGAUUUGACCUUGAUAUUGUUCAAGAUCUUGACCGUUGUUUGACUCAGACAAAUUUCCCUUCAUAGAGUGUAUUACUUAAAAAUAAUGGCUUUGGUGAAAACACUAGACAGCAGAAAAAAGUUGAUAAAUUACUUCUUAUUUAGGAAUCCGAUCUAGUUGGGACUGGCUCUUCUUCCCUAAAGGGACAAGGAAUGUAGUUGUGUCUUACUUUUUUCAAGCUUUGUCUUUACGUUGGAAGACCUAAGAAUCUAGCUCCUAAUCCAUUACUUAAUAAAAAGCGUCAAUGAGCAAAUUAUCAGACUGCUUUGAGCCUCCGUUUCCUCCUCUUUAAAAUGAGGUUGAUAAUAAUACUACUCACAAGAUGGUUGUGGAGCUUAAGUGAAAGAAAGUGUACACAAAGAGGCAAAAACAUGGUCAGAGAUGAACUCUGAAGAGUGGAAAUCUUCAGGAGAUUAUGUUACCUCUUUUCCAGUUUUCAUCUUGCUGCUACAAAAGGACACGUGGAAUGCCUCAGGGUCAUGGUUACGCAUGGCGUGGAUGUGACGGCCCAAGAUACUGCCGGACACAGUGCUUUGCACCUUGCAGCUAAGAACAGCCACCAUGAAUGCAUCAGGAAGCUCCUUCAGUCGAAAUGCCCAGCCGAAAGUAUCGACAGCUCUGGGAAAACAGCUUUACAUUAUGCAGCGGCACAGGGCUGCCUUCAAGCUGUGCAGGUUCUUUGUGAGCACAAAAGCCCCAUAAACCUCAAGGAUUUGGAUGGGAAUAUACCACUGCUUCUUGCAGUACAAAAUGGCCACAGUGAGGUCUGUCGCUUUCUCCUGGAUCAUGGAGCAGAUGUAAAUUCCAGAGACAAAAAUGGAAGAACUGCUCUCAUGCUGGCUUGUGAGAUUGGCAGCUCUAACAUUGUGGAAGCCUUAAUUAAAAAGGGGGCAGACCUAAACCUUGUAGAUUCUCUUGGACACAAUGCCUUACAUUAUUCCAAACUCUCAGAAAAUGCAGGAAUUCAAAGCCUUCUAUUAUCAAAAAUCUCUCAGGAUGCUGAUUUAAAGACACCAACAAAACCAAAGCAGCAUGAUCAAGUCUCUAAAAUAAGCUCAGAGAGAAGUGGAACUCCAAAAAAACGCAAAGCUCCACCACCUCCUAUCAGUCCUACCCAGUUGAGUGAUGUGUCUUCCCCAAGAUCAAUAACUUCAACACCACUUUCAGGAAAGGAAUCAGUAUUUUUUGCUGAACCACCCUUCAAGCAGGCUGAGAUCAGUUCUAUACGGGAAAACAAAGACAGACUAAGUGACAGUACUACGGGCGCUGAUAGCUUAUUGGAUAUAAGUUCUGAAGCUGACCAACAAGAUCUUCUGGUCCUACUGCAGGCCAAAGUUGCUUCUCUUACCUUACACAAUAAGGAAUUACAAGAUAAAUUACAGGCCAGAACACCCAGGGAGGCAGAAGCAGACCUGAGCUUUGACUUUUACCAUUCUGCUGAAACUGACCUGGCCCCAUCCCUGGGCAAACCUAGUGAAACCCCUCCUCCAGACUCCAAACCAUCUCCAUCUGUCUUAACACAUUCCUUGAGUAAAUCCACUAUCGACAGCGAUGUCAGAAUCCAGCAACUACAGGAGAUUUUACACGACUUGCAGAAGAAAUUGGAGAGCUCUGAAGCAGAGAGGAAAGAGCUGCAGGCCGAGCUCCAGGCCAGAAGGACAGAGUCGGUGUGCUUAAACAACUCGGAGAUUUCAGAGAACGGCUCCGACCUCAGCCAGAAACUUAAGGAAACUCAGAGCAAGUACGAGGAAGCUAUGAAAGAAGUUCUGAGUGUGCAGAAGCAGAUGAAACUAGGCCUGGUCUCACCGGAAGGCAUGGAUACUGACUCAGGCCUCCGUGAGCUGAGGAUCACAGAGGAGGAAAUAGAUGUGCUAAAGCGGGAUCUCCAGAACGCACUGGAAGAAAGUGAACGAAAUAAAGAGAGAGUGAGAGAGAUGGAGGAAAAGCUUGUAGAGAGGGAGAAAGGGGUGGUUAUGAAGCCACCUGGGGAAGAGUACGAGGAAAUGAAAAGCUCAUAUUGCUCGGUGAUUGAGAAUAUGAACAAGGAGAAGGCAUUUUUGUUUGAGAAAUACCAAGAGGCCCAAGAAGAAAUCAUGAAAUUAAAAGAUACACUGAAAAAUCAGACGACCCAGGAGGCGGGUGAUGAAGCUGGGGACAUGAAAGAGGCCAUGAACAGGAUGAUAGAUGAACUCAACAAGCAGGUGAGUGAGCUGUCCCAGCUAUACAAAGAGGCCCAGGCCGAGCUGGAGGAUUACAGGAAGAGGAAAUCUCUAGAAGACGUCACAGCUGAAUAUAUCCAUAAAGCAGAGCACGAGAAGCUGAUGCAAGUGACCAGCAUCUCCAGAGCGAAGGCUGAAGAGGCACUGUGUGAAAUGAAGUCGCAGUAUUCCAAAGUGCUGAGUGAGCUGACCGAGCUCAAACAGUUGGUAGACGCACAGAAAGAGAACUCUGUCUCCAUGACGGAGCAUGUGCAAGUGAUAACCACGCUGCGGACCACUGCCAAAGAGAUGGAGGAGAAAAUAGGCAGUCUUAAAGAGCACCUUGCGAGCAAGGAAGGGGAGGUGGCAAAGCUGGAGAAACAACUCCUAGAGGAGAAGGCAGCCGUGACCGACGCGAUGGUGCCCAGGUCUGCCUAUGAGAAGCUCCAGUCGUCUUUGGAAAGCGAAGUGAGUGUGUUGGCCUCAAAAUUAAAGGAUUCCAUGAAAGAGAAAGAGAAGGCCCAUUCAGAGGUUGCCCAGAUUAGAAGUGAGGUCUCACAAAUGAAAAGGGAAAGGGAAAACAUUCAGACUCUCUUGAAAUCCAAAGAGCAAGAAGUAAAUGAACUUCUGCAAAAAUGCCAGGACGCUCAGGAAGAGCUUGCAGAAAUGAAGAGAGAUUCUGAAAGCUCUUCAAAACUGGAAGAGGAUAAAGACAAGAAGAUAAACGAGAUGUCGAAGGAAGUCGCCAAGUUGAAGGAGGCCCUGAACAGCCUCUCGCAGCUCUCCUACGCCACGAGCUCGUCCAAGAGGCAGAGCCAGCAGCUGGAGGCGCUGCAGCAGCAGCUGGCUGAGUGCAAGAAACAACACCAGGAAGUGAUAUCAGUUUACAGAAUGCACCUUCUGUACGCUGUGCAGGGCCAGAUGGAUGAAGAUGUCCAAAAAGUACUGAAGCAAAUCCUCACCAUGUGUAAGAACCAGUCCCAGAAGAAGUAAAGUGGAUUCCUUGGCAGGACACUGGCCCCUUGUUGUCCACCUUGUGUUAGAUCCGGAGUUGCUGGCAACCACUGCCAUUGUUCUCAUUCGUGGUAUCACUGUGACCCUUGUAAUAGAGCUUCUUCCCUUUCCAGAGGCUUCUUUCUGAGGAUGGGUCCCAGGAGAAGACUGUCCUCCUCAGAACCGCUUAGAAACUUCGAAGCAGCAGAGGUGAAAGAUGCUGUCAUCCCUUCUGAUUCCAGAGCUGGGAUCGUCCACGCUGGUGGCAGGCAUCCUCCUUGGUACCUGCCCAGCUGAGGGACUUCAUCACUGAGUGACACAUCGAUGCUCCACGCAGCCGUGCUUCCGUGCCUACACUCAGGCUGUGCCGUUCAGCACAGCAGUGUUCUUUUUGCCUUUGGUUUCCUAUCCCCCAAACAUGACUUAAUUUCUAACCAAAUUAGUAUGGCACUAGUUAUGAGCUGCAUGCUUUAGACCCUUUAUCGUGGUAUCUUGUGGAUUUAAAAAUGCUAAUUCCAUCUUUUUCUUCCCCAUCUGCCUUAUAUUUCUCACCACCCCGCUUAUCAAUCUUAUAGUUUGAUGAGCACUGUUAACUUAGAUAUGAAGUUUUAAAACAAAAGCAAAUUGCCCUUAAAAGUUCUUUUUAAGUAAACCGCUGACAUAUUGCAAAUUUUCUAUGCAAACUUGCCUCCUGCUGUUUCUUAUGCACGAAGCUCAGGAAAUCCAAACAUUUGUGUUCAACAAGGGAUAGUAAAUUGCGUGUUUACAGCCAAAAGAAAUGCCUCAUCAUUUUUAACCUCAAUUUUUUAAAAGUGUUUUUUUUCCUCUGCAAUAUUUUUAUUGGCUCUUAAAGAUGUUUUCAUAUCUAAAUCCCUAAGUAAGUGAAAUUUACAUUAGACUGUAUCAGCAAAAUAUUUUCUAGGUAAUCAUGUUUAAGACUUUAAAAAGUAUAUAACUUUUUCCUCCGGGUUUUCAGCUAGAGCAGGAGGUGGCUCUGUAUUCCAAACUCAAAAUGAGCUGCCACCAACACCCCUAGACUUCCUGCCAUCGUGUUCUCAGAACUGUAGCACGUCUCUGAAUAUAGUAAAUUCUCUUUUACCCACUGAAUAUUUUUGAAUGCCCCAACUCUACCAGCACCUGUAAAUUAUCUCUAGAAGGGCUGUUAGUACCAACGAGUUUUUCAACUUUGAAGCAAAAAAUCCUGGUAAACAUUAUGGUGCCUAGCUGAGGUCUUGGGAGAAAACAUUCCUGUUCACUUUACUUUCAGGUUAACUUGCUUGCAGCUUCCCUUACAGCCUUGAUCUUAUUGAGAGAUGUAAACUGAAUUACGGAAAUCUCUAAAGUAUAGAACUGAAAGCAUAGGCCGGCUCCGACAGGGCCGCCUGGGCUCAGAGGCCACUUGGUAGCACUGUGUUGGAUGAGGACCAACGACAGCGAAGCAACACCGGCUUUCGAGCCUGGUGUUACCUUUCUUAAGUUGUUUAUAGUUCGGCAAUUUCGAACACCCUCCAAAGAAAACUGUGAAAGGACUUUCUGUCACAGCACUUAAGAAAACACAAAACCAUCCCCCUCCCAGCUCCACACAGAAAUGCUGCAGAGUUGUAAAACUUGAGACAUUUUGUAGGACGCCUGACAAAGUGUAGCCUUUUAUCUUGUUUCAGGAUGCAUAUUUAUUACAAGUACUCUGGUUAAAUAUUGAAAAGUUACAUGCUGUAGUUUAGCAUUUUGCCUUUGUAAUUUACAGAAAGUAUUGCAGAAAAUAAACUUUUGUU